AGUCAUCUUCUAUAUAACCCCACAGAAUAUCAUAUUUUUCUACACGCUUCUGCAAGGUGGUCAUGCACACCCUGCGUCUUGACAAUAGCCUCGACAUGGCUUAGUGAAGUUCCCGCGCUAUUAUAUUUGGCGACAUAGUCUCUGACCGUCUGCUCCACCUUGUCAAACCCGACCCUGCCAGUGUUAUGCCUGAUGGUCUGGUACGCAUCAAUCUUCCUGUAACCCGGCACUGGAGGCCUCUCUAUGAGAUCGGUAUACGCGACAAUAAAGCCCCCCAACUGUCUCAUCUUCUCUUCAAAGGCUUCGGCGAUCUUAUGUGCUUGAUCAUAACGGCGGGCAUCACCAUGGGUUUUGAGCGCAGCUGUCAUCUUGUUGAAACGGUCAUCGGCAGGUUCCCUGCCAUCAGCCUUGAGCUUGGCAAUUGCCUUGAUGGCAAUAUCCUCCGCCUUACUCAUAACAUUUUCAAAAUUGUCCUUUUGAUUCCAAUCUUUGAAAAUUCUCGCAUUGCUUAUGAGCCCCUUGAAGCCAACCCUGUCAAACUCAGUGCCCACGAGCUCGAGAUCCGCACCCUCGCCGAUCUGCGCCCAGUUGACCGUUUCAAAAUCAGGGUUCUCGAGAAGCUUGACAGGCCGGAUGAUUUCACCAUUUGCGUCGCGCUCCGGCUUUUUCUUGAUUAUGCUGAUUUCCUUCAUGAAGGCCUUCAAGUCACAGACAACGCCAGCCUUGGCGCAUCCGGGCGCCAUGCGCGAGCUGGCGAGGCCGUGGGCCUCGACUUCUAGUCUGUAGAGUUGAUAGAAGAAGAGGGCUUGCCAUUUUCCGGCGACAACGUUGGCCAUGACGCCGGGGGCAAGGAAGAUCGCCAAGAACAAAAGUGGGAGCAUAAUUUUUGGUUUCUACCAAAGAAAUAAUCAAAAACGAAAAAUGCAAUGUCCAAAAGAAUAGUGAAGGAAAGCCAGCCUGGGGUGAGUAACAGCACCCAACAAUGACAAAGGUCGGCUAUGAUACGUGCGACAAGUUGCCUACUAGUCGUGAGUUAUGCACCAGCAAGAGACCAAUGAAGCCAAGGGAGAAGAAAGAACUUUUCGUCCUUUUGAUACUCUUAUCACACUACCUUUCGGCCGGCCAUCCAAGGAACGGUCCUAUUAGGCCGAGACCGGACGACCAUGAAACAAAUGGUCCUACUUAACGUAGUAAUGUAAUCCUCGAGAGUCACAUAUCGGGGAAGGCGCAUAACAUUUGGCUUUGCAAUCUCCGAACAAGACCAGACUUGAGUAGUCCUAACCAGGUUAAUUGUAACAAGGAUAUAACCCCUGGUGUCUUACCUCGAUACCUCGGCUACUACAUAGGAAAUUAGCCCUUAUUUAACUAUUUAAUACUAAGCUAUCGGAUAUAUGGCAAACAAUUUCAUAUCUAAC